CACCCAGCGGUCGACCAGACCAGCCCAGCCCAGCCCAGUGCAGCCAGAGACCACUUAACCGAAGCUGCUAGUUCGGCCUCCACACCUCGAUCCUCCCCAAUCCAAUCCAAUUCCAUCCACCCAGCACAACUCCAACGUCCGUCGCAACAACUCUCCUUCAAUUGACCUUCAUCAACCACCACGCUGCUGCAUCGUCUGUGCCAUUGAGAGCGCUUCUCCCGUCGCCGGCGAUCCUCGACUGCGGUUUGCAACGACACAGUCACCAGCCUCGGGGAGCUAUCUUCCGUUUGGCGCACCCCCCUACGUAGCCUCAUUUCGACUCUCGGACGUCGUCAACGACACAGCUUCAGCUUACAAUUUCAAUUGCUCCUGAAUACACACACAACCACCAUGUCGAACGAAGUCUCGCCCGAUCAGAUGCAGGCGCGCAUCCAGCAGGCCCGUCGCGAGGCCGAGAACCUCAAGGACAGGAUAAAGCGAAAGAAGGAUGAGCUGGCUGAUGGAACGCUCUCUGGCAUCGCUAGAAGUCAACAAGAAGCCCUCCCCAAGAACCAGAUGAUGAAGACCCGAAAAACAUUGAAGGGACAUCUCGCGAAGAUAUAUGCCAUGCAUUGGUCGACCGAUAGGAGACAUCUCGUGUCAGCUUCACAAGACGGCAAACUUAUCAUCUGGGAUGCGUAUACGACUAACAAGGUCCAUGCUAUUCCUCUCCGAUCAUCGUGGGUUAUGACCUGCGCCUAUGCCCCCAGCGGAAAUUACGUCGCUUGCGGUGGUCUCGACAAUAUUUGUUCGAUUUACAACCUGAACUCGAACCGUGAUGGCCCUACCCGCGUUGCCAGAGAACUCUCGGGACACUCUGGAUACCUUUCUUGCUGUCGAUUCAUCAAUGAUAGGAGCAUCCUCACCUCCUCUGGUGAUAUGACCUGUAUGAAGUGGGACGUCGAGACCGGAUCAAAGGUCACCGAGUUCGCGGAUCAUUUGGGAGACGUCAUGAGCAUCAGCAUCAACCCCACAAACCAAAACACUUUCGUCUCUGGUGCUUGUGAUGCUUUUGCUAAGUUGUGGGAUAUCCGUGCUGGCAAGGCUGUCCAAACCUUCGCUGGCCACGAAUCCGAUAUCAAUGCCAUCCAGUUCUUCCCAGAUGGUCACUCAUUCGUCACUGGCUCUGAUGAUGCUACUUGCAGACUGUUUGAUAUCAGAGCAGAUCGCGAAUUGAACCAAUAUGGCAGCGAGGCUAUCCUGUGCGGUAUUACUUCCGUAGCUACCUCCGUUUCUGGCAGACUCCUGUUCGCAGGUUACGAUGACUUUGAGUGCAAGGUCUGGGAUAUCACUCGUGGUGAGAAGGUUGGCUCAUUGGUUGGCCACGACAACCGAGUCAGUUGCUUGGGUGUUAGUAACGACGGCAUGAGUUUGUGCACUGGAUCUUGGGAUUCAUUGCUCAAAAUCUGGGCUAUGUGAGGUGUAUAACUCCGACAACUGCGGACGGUAUUCCCCCAUCGAGUUGUGCAGAGCAAUUCGAGGCUCCUAUCCACCGAAAUCCGACCA